AUGGUUCCAUCUGAGAUUGUGUUUACGCCUCUAGGCUUCGCGACUUGUGUGAUUCUGCUUGUACUUUCGCUACUAUGGCGGAGUCAAAGCAAUAAGCGCAGCAUCCUCCCUCAAGCUCACUAUGAGAAACACAAAGUGUCAUCCAUACCGUUCAAAACACCAUUGCCUAGGCCAGCGGAAGGCUACAAGUUGGAGCUUACAGAUCCCAAACUAUACCGACCGUUCCGCCAUGGUCCAAACUUCGUUACUAUGGGCAUUCGAAAGAUGCAUUGGAACGAAUGGAUUGAGAUGGAUUCAAACUUCAUCCCCUAUCAUGACGCCAAGGUACGCGAGCUUGAGAAGGAUGUUGCAUCUCGCGUGCAAUAUGUCGAUAACGAAGUCACACGACUAGCCUGCUUUGAGGUUCUGGAAGAGUUGACACAGUAUCUCACACAUCGCUACCCGGAAGUCUUUCAAUUGCAAGGCAACAUCCUCCGUAACACGAUUACUGCUGAGGAGUUUCAAUAUCCGGCAUCAAACCCAACGGAGGCUAUGGUCACAGCAGCAAAGCUUGUGCAGGACGAUCUUGUAGUUAUGGUACUCAACGACGAUGGCCACUACCACAUAGAUGCCGGAGCGGUCUGCUUACCUGGCUUCUGGCGCUUGACUGAGAAGUACCGCAUGUCGCUCGACGAGCUUCACAUCGAAGCUGGGGUACCUCAUUAUCAAGAGAAAUUACAAAAGGCGAUGAACCGGUUCUUUGCCAACAUGACGUGUGAAAAACCUGUCAUUCGGAACAACUUCUUCAUCCAGCUCGAUGACGGUCUUGCGUGGUCCCACCGUAUGGGCGACCAAAACUCCAAUACAGUUGCCUCAUGGGCUACCGCCAAUUCCGAAGGUCUUCGUGUUGAAGAUAUCCACUUCCGCUCGGAAAGGCAAUCGCUUCGACGUCUUCCGAAGUCUAAAGCCCUACUCUUUACCAUCCGAACAUACUUCGAGCCGGUUACUACUAUCGCGAAAGAGCCGCAUGUUCCAGGACGGUUGGCAGAGGCGAUCAGGAGUUGGGACGAGACUGUCAGCUACUACAAGGGAAGAGAACAUUGGGAAGGAUUGCUCCUUCCAUAUCUAGAUGAAGAACAUAAGAAGCAGGUUGAUGGUGGGGUGUUGGAGAAACCGGAAGGUGAAUUUCCCUUCUGA